AUGCGUCAGACUUUGGUGGGAGUAGUAGUAGGCACGGCAAUGCGAAAAACAGCAAAAGUACGCGUUGCCUCACAAAGAAUGCAUCCUAGGGUACAUAAAAUAGUCACAUGCCACAAAAAUUUCCUAGCACAUGACGAGAGCGAAGAUUGCUCGUUAGGCGAUGUGGUAAGAAUUGAGGCGUGUCGACCAUUGAGUGCAUUGAAGCGAUUUGUCGUGUCGGAGAUUAUAAAACCAGCAAGGACUUGGCAAGAUCCAGAAACUGGUGAAGUAAAACGAUGA